AUGAAAGCAUUCGAAGAAUGUCCUGAAUCUGUUGUUAUAUUUGUUUGGACACAUGUUGGUGGACGAACACAAAAUGAUGAUGUAAUUGCUUUCGGAGCACUUAAUGAUGCUUAUCGAUUUCCACCAGAAUCACUGUUGUUUGUCGUCAAUAAUGUACCAGCUGAUCGUCCAGAGCGAUAUGAGGGACUUUUCAUUGUUGCUCUCGAAAACGCAUUGAAGCCAAUUCCAGUUUCUGCGAAAGAUACAAUAUUUAUUGAUACUUUGCGUCCCGAUGAUGGAACGCAGAGGGAACGUAUGCGAAGCAAGUUAAUCCAACACAUUUCAUUUCAUCAAGCUCGUCAUCAGAAAAAGAUUCAUGAUAUUGUUUUACAAUCGGACCAACUAAAACAACUGCGAGAGCUCAUUAAAAAACAACAACAAGAAGCAGAACGAGAUCGCGCACAACAUCAAAAGCGUAUUGAAGAAAUGGCUCUUCGAUACAAAACAGAACAUGACGCAUUAAUGCACCAAAUUAACGAAGCAAAUCAAAAACAAGAACAGGAGCGAAAAGCAGCCGAUGAACGCUAUGCAAAACUUAAUCAAGAAAUGAAAAAUGUCAAAGCUCAAGUACCUCUGGAAUGCGGAGGAAAAAGGUGCCCAAACUGUGACAAAUGUCAAACUCACAAAGAUAUAAGCGGUGGCGAAGUUUUCGUGGGAACAUUGUUAGUACUUCCACUCUUCUAUAUGGCUACCCAAACUUAUCAUGACG